AUGAAUUUAGAUCUGCUGGCUUUUAGCGACGCCGACUACGCGUGCGACUUGGAAACUCGUAGGUCGACUUCAGGCAGCGUUUUUAAGUUAGAUGAGAUUACCAUUUCGUGGUGUUCUCAGAAACAAAAGGUACUUUCAUUGUCUACCACGGAAUCUGAAUUCAUAGCAGCGGUUCAUGCUAUAAAGAAAUUGAUUUGGUUAAAGCGAUUACUCUAUGAAAUUACUAGACUAGACUCUGUAGAACCUAAACAUUUUCUUGAUUAUCAAAGUGCUAUUAAGUUUCUUAAAAACCAAGAGUUCCAUAAGAGAACAAAACAUAUAGAUGUAAAGCAUCAUUUUGCGGGAGAAAAGGAUUCAACGACAGUGUUAUCCGUAAAAGAACUUCAGCAGCGUACAGUAAUACAACUGAAGGAAAUAUUGAAGCACAUGCAAAUGCCGACCACCGGCAUGAAAGCUGAGUUGAUAAAUCGGCUAAAUUCAGUACAGCCGGAAUUAUGGUCCGCAGUACCGAUGAGUCUUGUUCAAAUUUCGCCAGGGAGUAAAGACAGCGAGAUUUAUGGUCCUACCAUUGUGGAUCGAAGAAUUGCGAAUAGUGCAAAGGGAAAGAAGUGCGGCGUCCGAGUCAUCGAGUGUCGGUCAAAGUCAUUCUUCUUCAAUCGGCAAAGGAUCAGUGGAGGAAGCAGUGGAUUUCAGAAAUGGAAAAUGCAGGCAGAGCUUCUGCGUGAGACGUAUCAUUUGGACGAGAACACCAUGAAGGUAUUGCUAACAUUGCGAUUGAAAGGCAAAGCGUUGUCAUGGUUUAAUUCGCGGGCGGAACAUGUUCGGUUGCGGCUCCCGGAUUUAUACAGGGCAAUUGAGGAGAUGUUCGACGAGAAAGUUUCGCAAUCGGCACUGAGGAAGGAGUUCGAGAAGAGAACGUGGCAACCCAAUGAGGCGUUCAGCGACUACUUCCACGACAAAAUAAUAUUGGCAAACCGAAUAACUAUCGGAGACGAAGAAUUCGUCGAUUUUGCGAUUGACGGCGUGCCGGAUGACCGUAUGCGCGAUCAAGCGCGUAUGCAACGAUUCGCAACGAAAGGAGACAUGCUUGAGGCCUUCAAGAAAUUAUCGCUUCAUCCCAAUGUCAAACAAGAUAGAAGAGAGAAAAAAUUAUCGUACAUGCGGCCAGAGAGGAAGGAAAAUCCGACUUCGAGACCAGUGGAUCCAUCGCGGCGCGCUGCGAAGGAUGCGGCUCAACCGCCUCGGUGUUAUAAUUGCAGUGAACGAGGUCAUCUGUCCAAGGAUUGUUCGCAGCCGAGGCGACCGAGGGGUGCAUGCUUCAAGUGCGGAAGCGCUACCCAUCGCAUAGAGGAUUGUCCCGAAAACCGCCCUUCAUCGAAGAAUUACGCAGACAGAACUACUCAUCUAGUACAGCUGGUACCGAAUCCGCCGUAUACGGUAACAUUGAAGUAUCCGAUCGCGAAUGAUCAAGGUAACAAAUACAAUUAUUUAGUUCGCGCAAUAAUAGAUUCAGGUUCGCCGAUUAGUUUGAUCAAAAAAAAUUGUGUACCUAAUUGUUUGAGAGAACCUGUCGCGAUUAAUGACCACAUGUAUCAAGGUAUAAACGGAUCAAAACUAGAUAUACUAAACGUAUUUGCAUGCAAUUGUACUGUUAACGAAAUACCGGUAAAUAUUGUUUUCGGAAUUGUCUCGAAUACCGCGAUGCAAUGCGAUGCGCUUCUCGGAAGAGAUUUCAUAUUGUUGCCGCAUAUUAAAGUGUCUUUUGAUGACGAGUUUACGGUUACAAUUAAAAAUAUCAAAUUGGAAAAAUUCCCAUCGUUCGAUUUGCAAAACGAAAUUAUGCAAAUUAAUUGUAUCGACACAGAGACUGGCGUGACGAAAGCGUUGAACAUCAACCCGGAUAUAAAACCGAAAAUGGCUAAAGAAGUUAUUGAAUUGUAUAAAAAAAUAUACGCGUCCGCCGAUAAUGUGAAACCUGCUAACGAUUGCAAUGUGGAAAUGACGAUCGCGUUAAAACACAAACAACCUAUUUCUUUCCGUCCGCGUAGACUUGCCUUUAGCGACAAAGAAAAGUUAAAAGCUAUUAUCGAUCAACUGUUGGAAGAAAAAAUAAUUCGUCCGAGUAACUUUCCUUACGCCAGUCCUAUCGUAUUGGUGCGCAAGAAAGAUGGAAGUUUACGCUUAUAUGUCGACUAUCGCAAACUCAACAAAUUAACAGUAAAAGAUAAUUUUCCAACACCAGGAAUAGACGACAACAUCGACGAAUUACGAAAUAAAAAGUAUUUUACUAAACUCGAUCUGCGCAACGCCUUCCACCACGUUAGGGUCGCGGAAUCUUCUACAAAAUAUACGUCAUUCGUGACACCAUUCGGACAAUAUGAAUAUGUUCGAAUGCCAUUCGGUCUCACGAACGCGCCACGUACAUUACAGCGGUACAUUUAUGCUAUUUUUAUGUGGUUACUUAAAGAUAACAAAAUUCUUUUGUAUCUUGACGAUAUAUUGAUCGCUACUGAAACUAUUGAAGAGCACUUGAAGAUACUUCGCGAUGUAUUCGAAUUGGCACGACUCUAUGGACUAGAGUUUCGACUCGAUAAAUGUUCACUUUGGUACGAAGAAAUUACCUACUUGGGUUAUCGAAUAAGCAAAGAUUGUGUUCAGCCUAGUGACGAUAACGUGGAAGCAGUAAUAAAAUAUCCGUUACCGCGAAAUACAAAAGAAGUGCAUAGCUUUGUGGGACUCGCUAGUUACUUCAGACGAUUCAUUGCGAAUUUUUCGAAUAUAGCCAAACCAUUGUACGACCUAUUAAAGAAGAACGUCCCGUUGAAAUUUGGUUCCGAGGAAUUGGAAGCAUUCGAGAGAUUGAAAAAUCUUUUAUCGUACCAACCCGUGUUAGCUAUAUAUUCGCCGGCGCUAAAGACAGAGCUGCACUGUGACGCCAGCGCGAGCGGCUUCGGCGCGAUGCUUCUACAAAAACAGUUAGAUGGGAAAUGUCGCCCGGUAUCGUAUUUUAUUGUAGUAAAAGAACUUCCGUCGCUGAAGCGAAACGCACUCAGUCGUUGCCAUAGCAUUUUAGUUUUGAAAGCGAAUACUUUCGAACAAACAUUAGCGAUCAAACAGAAUCAAGAUCCGGAGAUUCGGGAAAUACGAGAGAGAUUAGAAACCGCGGAAGACAGAUUUUACGAACUUCGUGAUGGUCUUGUAUAUCGAAAAUUUAAAAAUCGUGAAUUAUCGUUUUACGUUCCGUUAUGCAUGGAGACUAAUAUAAUCCGGACAUGCCAUGACGACAUUGGUCACGUGGGCGUAGAAAAUGUUGUCGAAAAUAUUAGCAGAGUGUAUUGGUUCCCACGGAUGAGAGACAAAGUAAAGAGAGCGUACGGUAAACCAAGAAGAUUAAUAAGCGAUCGCGGUACUUGUUUCACAUCAUCUCAGUUCACCGAAUUUAUGAAAGAAAAAUCUGUUGAACACGUAUUAGUUGCUGUCGGUACACCACGAGCCAAUGGGCACAUUAAACGUUUUAAUAGAACCAUAACACCGAUGUUGGCGAAACUCGCCGAAUGUCCGAAUAAAUGGGACCAAAUACUCGAUCAGAUGGAAUUUUCCUUAAAUAAUACCAUUUGCCGAUCCAUUAGGGAUACGCCAAGUAGAUUACUGUUCGGCACAAACCAAUCAGGUGAACUAAACGACCAUGUUCGUCUCAUGUUAGAAUCACAAAAUGAUAACGAUCGAGAUUUUGGUUCUAUUCGAAAUAACGCGGCGAAAUGCAUUGAAAAGCAACAACUGGAAAAUAAAAAUAGUUACGACGAGAAGCGAAAGGCGGCCUCCGCGUAUAAGGAAGGCGAUUACGUGAUGAUACGCAAUUACGACACUACCGCGGGUGUAAACAAAAAGCUACUUCCGAAAUAUAAGGGCUCAUAUGUAGUUCAAAAGGUCCUCCGCUUUGAUAGGUAUAUCGUAUCUGACGUGGAUGGUUUUCAGGUGACGCGUUUGCCAUAUACAGGCACCGUAAGCGCCGACCACAUGAAACCUUGGAUUGGCAAUUAA